AUGACCAUCCAAAGUGCUGAAAAUAUUCGAGAUGAAGGAAAUGCGGCAGUCAGAGAUCAGGAUUAUGUUAAAGCUGAUGAGUUGUGAGUUCUUAUUUGUUUUGGAGAAAAAUUCUGUAUUCAAAAAAUCUUUUUAGAUACACAGAAGCGCUUCAAAUGACAACGGAAGACGAGAAAGAAUUGAGACAGGUUUUAUAUAGAAAUCGAGCGUUGGCUCGGUUGAAACGGGAUGAUUUUGAAGGAGCACAGGCUGAUUCUACUAAAGGUAUACUUUAAAAUAUAUACCAAGCCGGAGUGGGAGCAGUUUGAAGCCUAAUUUUAUUUUUUUAUAUUAAUCAGCAAGAUUUGCAGCUCUUGAAAUCGAUGGAGCUGAUGUUAAAGCAUUGUUUCGUCGAGCUUUGGCUCGAGAGCAACUCGGACUUGUUGGACCUGCUUUUAAUGAUGCGAAAGAAGCUUUGAGAUUAUCACCGAAAGACAAGUUUGUUUUUUGUUAUUUUGGGAUAAUUUCAAAUUUUGAAACUGAGGGGUUUUUAGAAUUUUCAGAAAAAAAAUUUUCUGAAGAAAAAUUCUCCAAGAGCUUCUCGAAAACUCUGAAAUUCCCAAGAUAUAAAUUUUUGCCACAUCAUAACUUUUUUUAAUUCACAAAAUUGAAUAUUUCAGAGCCAUCGUUGAAGCUCUCCAAAGAUUAGUCAAAGCUAACAAUGAUCGAAUCAAAGAAGCAACAUCAAUGACAAAUAAAGUAGAUGAAAUGCAAAAAUUGGCAUUCAAAGGAGAAUCGAAAAGCACUGAACAAAAAUUGACAGCUUUGAAUAAUUUAUUGGUUUUGUCAAGAGAAUCUGAAACUGGAGCAACUGGAGUUUGGAAUAAUGUGAGUUGAGGUUUUUUCAAUCAACACAAAAAGAAAAAGACAUUUUAGGGGUCAAUUGUGACAUUUGUAUUCAGUUUGAUAAAUGAUAGUGCUGAAAAUGAGGAAGUUGUUGUAACUGCGACACGAGUUCUCGAUGAAACGCUGAAAAAUAAUGCAAGAGCUCUGAAAUUCUUGGCAAUGCAUGAUGAAGAUGGAGCAAGAUCGGUUAGAAUUGUUUGUCGAUUGAUGUGUAGAAGAAAUCAGAAGGUAACAUUUUUCCGGGGAAAAAAUAUUCCAAUUCUUUUUUUCUUACAGGAAUUUGUUGAUGCUGCUGGUUUAAUUGUUCAACGAGUCUUCAAUGCGAUGGCAAAAAUGGAUAGACAAAAAGAAAUGAAACCAGAUCCAGAAGUUGCGGAAGCCAAUAAACUUUGGAUUAUUCGCGUACUUUUGGAGAUGCAGGAAAUGCUUCAAGAUUCGUCUGUUGGAUUUUUGGUGAGUAUUCGAAGUUUUGGGCUCUUGAAGCCAUAGAAUGCCACGUGGAAUUUAUAAUUGAAUUUCAAAUUUUGCUUCAAAAAAUGAACGUGGAAUGUUUUUAAUUCAUAAUUUUCAAUUUCGAAAAAAAAUAUUUGUUUAGCAACGUGAAACUGUCAUUGAUCUUCUUCUCAAAAACUUGAUGCACAUGGAUGGCGGAAUUCCACGUGGAUGGUCGUGGCGAUUUGUCGAAGAUCGUGGAUUAUUGAUUCUUCUCGAUGUGGCCAGUCAAAUCCCAGAACAAUGUGAAUAUCCAGUCUCACCUGAAACACGUCAACAUGUUGCGAUUUGUUUGCAAAGAUUAGAUGAGGAUAUGGUUUUUGAUACAAAACGGACAAUUUACAAAGAGAGAGUUGAUUAUUAUUUUAAGUGAGUUAUCAGGUUUUUAUUUUGUUUACAAUGAAAAUAAUUAUAAUUUUGCAGUACAUUGAUGGCAAAUGCAUCAGAUGAUGAAAAUGGUCAUAAAUAUCGAAUCAGAUUAGCUUGUUUAUUAAUUACAAUGCUUCAAGGACCAGUUGAUAUUGGUUUAAAUCUUGUUACAAAUGAUCAAGUAACAGCAGUUAUGCUUCAAAUGGCGUCAUCGGAAAAUCUUUUAAUGCAAAGUGUUGCGGCUGAAUUAAUUGUUGCAACUGUAAGUAAACACGAAAGAGCAACAACAAUGCUCAAAGUUGGUAUUCCAAUUCUUCGCGCACUUUAUGAAUCACCUGAUCCAAAUGUAAAAGUUCGUGCACUGGUUGGAUUAUGUAAAAUUGGAGCAGCUGGUGGAGAUGAUAUUUCGAAGGCGACGAUGCGAGAAGAAGCUGUUUUGAAUUUGGCGAGAACUUGCAAAAAAUUCUUGCUUGAUACGAACAAAUAUUCUGUCGAUAUUCGAAGGUUUGUAAAGUUGGAACUUCUUUGGAGCCUACAGUAGGGGAGGAAAACUUGGCUUUCAGGAAAAUGUUCUGAAGUACUUCCGGGUGGAAAAUUUGACCUAAACUCAUGUUUAUUUAAUUUUUGUAAAAUUUUCGCGCUAUUUUUGGAUGAAAGCAAAUAUUCUAUGGAUUUUUGUUCCAAAACCCAUUUUUGGAUUUUGUGUCUUUUUUAUCAAAAGAUUUUUGCCCUUAAUUUCCAUCUCAUUUUUUGCAGAUAUGCUUGUGAAGGUUUAUCUUAUUUAUCAUUGGAUGCUGAUGUCAAAGAAUGGAUUGUAGAUGAUUCGCUUCUUUUACAAGCUCUCGUUUUAUUAGCCAAAAAAGCUGGUGCACUUUGUGUUUAUACAUUGGCAACAAUCUAUGUCAAUUUAUCAAAUGCUUAUGAAAAACCAAAAGUCGAUGAGGAAAUGGUGAAAUUGGCACAAUUCGCAAAACAUCAUGUUCCUGAAACACAUCCAAAAGAUAUGGAUGAAUUUGUUGAGAAACGAAUUCGUGCUUUGGUUGAAGAAGGAGCUGUUCCAGCUUGUGUUGCUGUUAGUAAAACAGAAAGUAAAAAUGCGUUAGAAUUGAUUGCGAGAGCGAUUUUGGCAUUUGCGAAUAAUGAAGAUUUGAGAGGACGAAUUAUUAGCGAAGGUGGAACUGUUUUGUGUUUGAGACUUGUUAAAGAGGCGACACCUGAAGGAAAAAUUUAUGUGAGGAAUUUUGAAAUCAUUUUGUUUUUGGGAAACAAUAGGGGCAUUUUCAUAUGAAAAUCUAAUUUUUAGUUUCUUCUCACAUGCACAAACUUUGGAAAAUUAUUGAAAAAUCUGCUUUUCAUAGAAAUUCCAAAACAUCAAUGAUUAUAAAUCAUCAGACACCCAUUUCAGAAACCUAUUCCUUAUUUGCCCUCAUUUUAUUAACAAAAAAAUCCAUAUUUAUUUUCCAGGCUGCUCAUGCUAUUGCUAGAAUUGGAACAAAAGCUGAUCCAACAAUUUCAUUCCCAGGUCAAAGAUCCUAUGAAGUUGUUAAACCACUUUGUGAUUUAUUACAUCCAGAAGUUGAUGGAAAAGCAAAUUAUGACGCAUUGUUAACGCUAACUAAUUUGGUAAGACAAAUUUUAAAAGUUUCUCCUCAAAAAUAAGUGUUCCAUUUUUAGGCAAGUGUUAGUGAUUCAAUUCGAGCAAAAAUCAUCAAAGAGAAAGCGAUUCCGAAAAUUGAGGAGUUUUGGUAAACACUGUCCAAACUAUUUUUUUUCAAAUAAAAUCUGAUUCCAGGUUUAUGACAGAUCAUGAACAUUUACGCGCUGCUGCAUCCGAAUUAUUGUUGAAUUUAUUGUUUUUGGAUAAAUUUUAUGAUGAAACAGUUGAAAAAGGAACUGAUCGAUUGAAAUUAUGGGUAUUAUAUUCAGCUGAAGCAGAAGAUGAACGAUUAUCGAGAGCUGCUUCAGCGGCUUUUGCUAUUUUAUCGCAAGAUGAAAGUGGGUUUUGAGAUAGUUUUAUGGGUAGAAAUGUGGAAAAAAUAUUGAGAUUAAUUUAAUUUGAUUUUUGAUACGAAGUUCCUAGAAAGUUCAAAAUUAUUUUUGAUUCGAGGUAACAUUUUAGCCACAAUAAAAUCUGAAAAAUUGUGAUUUAUUUUCAAAUUUGGAGCUUCUUCCAAAAUUAUCAGAUUUCUAUUUCAAAAAUAAUUUUCUACCAAAAUUAAAAUGCCUUUAUCUCGAGUUUCUAAAGUUCAAAAAAUUGGCUCAAAAUUGUUUUUCCAAAAAAAGUCACAUGUGAAAUUUGAUAAUCGAGAACCUAUAUUUUCAAAGUUUAUCGGAAGCAUUUGAUUCAAAACCUUCAUGAUAGAAAAAUUUAUCCAUUUAAAAUAUUAGUUUUGAGACCAAAAAAAAAUUGCAAAAAAAGUUUUCUCAAAAAAAAUAUCCGAAUUUCAGCCGCUUGCGUUCGGAUACUCGACGAAAUCAAAUCAUGGCCUGAAGUUUUCAAAGAUAUCGCAAUGCACGAAGAUCCAGAAACACAGAAAAGAGGUUUGAUGGGAAUUGCGAAUGUUAUGCAUAGCAGCGAAAAACUAUGCUCCGAAAUUGUUGCUGUAAGUUUUUUCUCUUCAAAUAUUUUUCAAAAAAUAAAUCUCGUUUUUUAGUCCGAAGUUUUCCGAGUUUUGGUGGCUGUUACCAAAUUGGGAGCUAUAAAUCAGGAUCGAACUGGAGCUACUGAACAAGCUAAAAGAGGACUCGAAGCUGCGGAAAAAUUCGGUUUGAUUAGAGCAACCGAAAGAGAAAUGUAUGAACGUGCUACAAAUUUGAAUACAAUUGCUGAAUAG